AUGGAGCUGGAAGCCCUGCGCUCGAUCUAUGAGGGAGAUGGGUGCUUCAGAGAGCUCAGCCCGGUGUCCUUCCAGUACAGGAUAGGUGAAAGUGGAGAUCCCAAAGCCUUUCUAAUAGAAGUUUCUUGGCCAGAAACAUAUCCACAGACAGCACCAGUCAUAUCAAUGGAUGCUUUCUUCAACAACACAAUAUCUUCAGCUAUUAAACAAAGUAUAUUGGAUAAGUUAAUGGUGGAAGUUGAAGCAAAUCUUGGAACUGCUAUGACAUACACACUUUUUGAAUAUGCCAAAGAUAAUAAAGAGUUGUUCAUGGCAAAUCAGCCUGUUAACACUGUGACUUCAGUAAGCAAUAGUAUUGCAAUUGGAACUCCUAAUGUGCCAGCAAGUAAGAAAAAAGAUAAAAAGGAGCAGUUGUCCAAAACCCAGAAACGAAAACUAGCCAAUAAAACAGAUAACAAAGGAGAGCUUCCGCGAGGAUGGAACUGGGUGGAUGUAAUUAAGCAUUUAAGCAAAACUGGUUCUAAAGAUGAUGAAUAAAGGACUUUGGUACAAGAAAACUCCACCUUUUAAUACAGUGCAAUGUUGGGUCUCCAUCUUUCUCUUAAUAACGCUCAUAUUUGUUGACGUAAACAUUUUAUAAAGCUCAGUUUCCUAACUUAGGAAAACCUAGUCACACAAGUUUAUCUAGAGACUGUGUGGUCUUCUUUGGAAAAACAACCAACCAAACAACAACAACAACAAACUUGCCUUAAAUGAAGGUUAGAAUGUGACAAAGGAUAUAGAGAGCCAAUAUGGUGCAGUGAAUAGUGCUAGGUGCAGUGUUUAUUAAUUUAUAUUUUACUUUGUAGUAUAAUGCUGUUAUAGUGAAUCCAGUGAUAAUGUAAACAGUUCCUGAUGUUCUUAUUCCAAUUGAAGAAAAAAGCACUAUAACAGUGAGUGGUCACUUGACAGCACAAUUCAUCAAAAUAAAUUAUUCCAUGGAAACAAGACCUUUGUCAUUUGUUUAUCUAAUGUGAAUGUGGAAGGAGAACAUAAAAAUAGUUACAUGGCAAUACAACCUAGAGCUUACGGUUCUGCUUUCACUAGCUGCUGACUGAAAUAGUAAAUACUAGCGAAAGCAAGGCCAAAUAUUCUAGUCUGCUCAAAAUGGAGUGGUUACAGCAGGAGUAUGUCUUCUUUAUUCUCUGCGGUAUCCAUCUGUUAGUCUUUCUCCAGUGGGUAUCUUUACAGA